AUGUUGAAGAAAGAUUACAUUUUCAAAGAGGCUGGCGACGUUAGCAUCGUCGCCACGGCAUUUUGGAAACCUGCAGCGACUGGGCUUCCGUACGGAAUCGCUCUGGCGUUCCAUGGCGGGGGCUUCGUAAUAGGUUCCAGAUACUUCAUACCUGAAGUCGAGAUCGAGUACCUUUGCGAUGCGCACUUUGUUGUUGUGUCGGCGGAUUAUCGUCUGUGUCCACAAGUUGCCCUGCGCGAUGUCAUACAGGACGCAAUUGACGCAUUUUCGUGGUGCAAGUUGAAUCUACCUGCCAAGCUCAAUCACGAUGCUGGCAUCGAAAUAGAUGCAGAAAAGAUUGUUGCAUUUGGUCAGUCUGCCGGUGCCUUGUUGGCCCUGCACUUGGGAGGUCUUCCUGAGCCACCACGAGCGAUCCUCGACUUUUACGGCGUGAAGUACACCAGUGAUGAGUUUUGGCACACUCCACUGCCUCUUCUUGCAGGGCUUCCACCGUUCGAACAAAGUUUUCUGCGAAAGAUAUAUGAAGGACCUAUCUUGACGACAACAGUGACUUCGCUGGAGAGGGCGGCUGCGUCAUCAAGCAAGACCAAGAAAAGGGGCUUGCCUCCACCUGAUCUUUCUCUCCCUCGGAAUGCCUGGCUUUUCACCGCUCUCAAGAAUGGGACACACAUGAAGGCCAUUGUCAAAGAUGACAAUUUCGAGGGCGUUGACCCAACACUGGCCUUCAAGCCCGGGUUUCCUCCCACUUUCUUUGUGCACGGCGAUGCCGACGAUAUGAUCCCCGCUAGGUUCAGCGAGAAGGCGUUCAAUGAUCUGAGCAGUCACGGAGUUAAAACUGAGCUUUCUUUGGUCCCAAAUCAGUCUCACGGAUUUGAUGCAGGACUGUCACAGGAGGAUCCAGAAUGGCCACCCGUGCGCAGGGCUCUGGACUGGCUGAUCAUGAAUGGAAAUAAGUGA